GUUUUUUCUUACCUUGAUGUUCCACCAUCAAGGUAUCAUUAUCAAGACGUGAAGAACUCACGAAACAGCACGUUUUUGUAGUUUCUGCCAACUUUCUGUUCUACGUACUUUGGAGAGCGAACCAACGAACAUCAUGUAUGGUCCACGAAUUAAAUUCCACCAUCACGUAAGUAGUACUUAAGUUGUGUUCUUUCGUUCGUUAUUUUAGCACGGGUGGACGUGCAUUGGCAUAACAGUGAGAACGAGAUUAAGAUUUCCAGAAAAUCGGAACAACGCGCUCUGAGUUUAUAGUUGGCACCGCAGAAGAACAUCAAAAAACGUAAAGCUGAGUUAAGAGGACCCCCUCGAAAAUGUCGGGUCAGAAGCCGGCCGCAAACCGUUCCACCCUUUUGCAGUUCAAGGCGCGCAUCGUCGGCGCGAAAAAAGGGUAUGGUUUGCUGAAAAAGAAGCGCGACGCGCUGAAGACGCGGUUUCAGGCGAUGUUGCACGAGAUUAUCGAGUGCAAGAAGGCGGUCGGGGCGAUGGUGCUGGACUGCGCUUUUAGCUACGCGAAAGCGGAAUACGCGAGUGACUCGGAAUUCAGUCAGGCUGUGCUGAACCGGGUGAAAAAGCCGUCGAUCACCAUCACCAUGAAGGCGGAGAACUGUGCAGGGGUACUAGAUGAUAAUUAUUUCGAUAGCACUUUAGUGCAACUUGCGUUGACCAUUUUUUUCCUUGCUUGUUACCGUUUCCGUUAUGCAGAAUUGUCAUGCAUUGAAAUUGAAAAUUGUCGCUAGUAUCAUGCUCAUCUUCAAGACGCAUCGCGGCCGUUCUAUGCUCUGAUGGAUGAUUAUGAUUAUCAGGUCCAGCUCCCGCGGUUCACUAUGCUCCACGACGCCGCAAAGGAUGCCAGUACCGAUAGCUUGGGAAUCGGGUGCGGUGGCCAGGUGAUCCAGAGUUGUCGAGACCAGCACCGAAUCGCUUUGCAGUUAUUGAUCCAGAUGGCCAGUUUACAGACGAUGUUCAAGACCCUGGAUGAGGAAAUCAAGAUGACCAGUCGCCGCGUGAACUCUCUGGAGUGCUAUUUACGGCUUCUUUUUGCAGCCGAAUUGUUCAGUUUGUCAUGCGAAAUGGCAACGUGUAAGGAUGGUGUCUUUUCCAAAAAGCGCAUGACAAGUUAUAACGAAAUACUUUUUAAUUUUAGGUGUGUCGUGAUACCGCGAUUGGAGGAGACGAUGCAGUGGGUGAAGGGUGAGAUGGACGAAAUGGAGCGUGUAUUCCGUGCAAAAAUUGAUCGUUCAAUCGUAAAUGAAUUGCAAUUUCUUGCAUGACAGAUAGAUGCUUUCCAACUUUAUCAGCGAAACAGAUCCAAUUUUCCUUUUUGCCAAAAUUUGUCAUGCAAUUUGUACCAUACAACCUGAACCUACGUACGGCUACGGAGUACUUUUUGCAAUCUGCAUAGCGUGAGGAGUUUUUCCGCGUGAAGAAGGUGGUGGAGAAGAAGAAACAGCGACACGCAAAGGAAUUGGCCGCGAUGAUGGCCGCACAGGGCGGCGCGGCGCCAGUCGCAAAGCCAGCUCCGCAGAGAACAAGCACCAUGGGGUCGAUUGGUACUAUAUUUUAUGAACUGCAAAAGUAUCGUACUAGUAUGAAUUGCAUGACAAAUUCCCUCAGCAUGACAAAUGCAAUUUGUCAUGCUGAGUUGCCUUGGGAACGAGAUCUGUAAUGCAUGACUGCAAUUAAAAAACUAACAUGCUUAUAAAAAUAUAACAAAACAGCGAUGCCGCAGUUGGGAAUGAUGAAUCCCCCGAGCUUCAUUCCGCAAAAGGACAAGGAUAUUCUGUUCUAAAGCGAGGGCCACGACUGAGCUGCAGCAGCGAAGGAGCUGCAGCUGGAGCUUAUCAUGCUUACUUUCACUUGGAUCAAUACAUACAAUUUCACCCUCAAGAUACAUCCUAGUACUUUUUAACAAACAGCUACAACCGGUAGCAGUAGUACGGUAGCUAAGUUGUAACCACAAAUAGAAUCACAGUUUUUGCUUGAAUCAAACCUUAACCCAGCUACGCACUUUGACGUGUGUAGUUGUAGAAAAAAUGUGAAGCAGGAGCGGUAAAAGUAAACGUCGAAAUAAAUUUCUAGUUGUGCUAAUUCCUUGAGGCUUGUUGCAGCUUGAUGUGGUUCAUCUUCACAUUCUACGUCAUGUUGUGCUCCACCUGUCGUAUGGGCAAAUGUUUAUUCUUGAGACGUCAGGACCUCCUGCAGAACGGGAAUGCUGAGGUAACAACUGUUUAUUGUGCUGGCCUUUUGUCAGUACUAAAUCAAAGUUGCGCUUGCAUUUUCCGUGAUGGAGCAGUAGGGCAUGAAAUAGAAAUAAACAACCACCACGAAGAAGCACGGCAGGGCAAGAAAAGUUCUUCAAUCUUCAAAUUACAACGUAGC